UGGGAAUUCUUUAUUUUUAUUUUUAUUUGUUGGGUUUUUUGAUUUAGAAAGUGGAGAACGGGGACUUGAACUGGAUCGUUCCGGAGAAGUUCAUCGCGUUUUGCGGGCCACACGCGGCGAGCAAGACGGAGAACGGGUACCCGUACCACGCGCCGGAGGCGUACUUCGCGUACUUCGCGAAGCACCGGGUCACGACGAUCGUGAGGCUGAACAAGAAGCUGUACGACGCGGGGCGGUUCGCGAAGGCGGGGUUCGACCAUCGGGAUCUGUUCUUCACGGACGGGGGGGUGCCGAGCGAUGCGAUCAUGAGGGAGUUCCUGGAGAUUUCCGAGUCCACGCCGGGGGGUGUGGCCGUUCACUGCAAAGCUGGGUUGGGGAGGACGGGGUCGCUGAUUGCUUGCUACAUGAUGAAACACUACAAGUUCACGGCGGCUGAGGCGAUCGCUUGGAUCAGGAUCUGUCGGCCCGGGUCCAUCAUCGGGCAGCAGCAGCACUGGCUGGAGUCGAAGCAGACUUAUCUCUGGCUGCAAGGAGACAUCUUCCGGACCCGGAACCGCCAAAACAACAACGUGACCCAGCUCCACAAGCGAGGGAUCUACCACCGGGAGCGGAAGGGGCAGGGGAACGACCUCCCGUUCGUGUCCCCGUUCGUGCACGGGGGGCUGGACGACGUGUCGCACAUCCUGGAUCAGGUGGACAGCAUGUGCAUCCAGGACCUGGCCCUCGCGUCGUCGUCCGGGAACGUCCGCUCGCUCGCCGGGCUCAAGUCGCCCGUCAUCGAGGACACGGCGAAUGGGAACCUGAGGGGAGAGGAGGAGACGCAGGGCGAUAAGCUCUUGAAACUCAAGGCGCAAAGGAAGCAUUAUCAUGCCAACACUGCUGGGAAAAUAAUCAAACCCCGGGAGGUGGGAGGGGGAGGGGUACCCCCGGCGAAGAGCCGGUCCCGCACGGCCAAAGACUCCCUCGUGCUCGCCGGCCAGCCGGUCUUGUCCCCGGUGAGGCCCAACAGGCUCAACUCCCACGCCGUCAAUCACACGACAGCGAAGAGGGCGUCCAAGACAGGCGUCGCGCAGGGAAGCACGGCGAAAAGUCGGGANCUCCCGUUCGUGUCCCCGUUCGUGCACGGGGGGCUGGACGACGUGUCGCACAUCCUGGAUCAGGUGGACAGCAUGUGCAUCCAGGACCUGGCCCUCGCGUCGUCGUCCGGGAACGUCCGCUCGCUCGCCGGGCUCAAGUCGCCCGUCAUCGAGGACACGGCGAAUGGGAACCUGAGGGGAGAGGAGGAGACGCAGGGCGAUAAGCUCUUGAAACUCAAGGCGCAAAGGAAGCAUUAUCAUGCCAACACUGCUGGGAAAAUAAUCAAACCCCGGGAGGUGGGAGGGGGAGGGGUACCCCCGGCGAAGAGCCGGUCCCGCACGGCCAAAGACUCCCUCGUGCUCGCCGGCCAGCCGGUCUUGUCCCCGGUGAGGCCCAACAGGCUCAACUCCCACGCCGUCAAUCACACGACAGCGAAGAGGGCGUCCAAGACAGGCGUCGCGCAGGGAAGCACGGCGAAAAGGAAGCAGACUUAUCUCUGGCUGCAAGGAGACAUCUUCCGGACCCGGAACCGCCAAAACAACAACGUGACCCAGCUCCACAAGCGAGGGAUCUACCACCGGGAGCGGAAGGGGCAGGGGAACGACCUCCCGUUCGUGUCCCCGUUCGUGCACGGGGGGCUGGACGACGUGUCGCACAUCCUGGAUCAGGUGGACAGCAUGUGCAUCCAGGACCUGGCCCUCGCGUCGUCGUCCGGGAACGUCCGCUCGCUCGCCGGGCUCAAGUCGCCCGUCAUCGAGGACACGGCGAAUGGGAACCUGAGGGGAGAGGAGGAGACGCAGGGCGAUAAGCUCUUGAAACUCAAGGCGCAAAGGAAGCAUUAUCAUGCCAACACUGCUGGGAAAAUAAUCAAACCCCGGGAGGUGGGAGGGGGAGGGGUACCCCCGGCGAAGAGCCGGUCCCGCACGGCCAAAGACUCCCUCGUGCUCGCCGGCCAGCCGGUCUUGUCCCCGGUGAGGCCCAACAGGCUCAACUCCCACGCCGUCAAUCACACGACAGCGAAGAGGGCGUCCAAGACAGGCGUCGCGCAGGGAAGCACGGCGAAAAGGUGA